ACACACACCCCUGUCCUGCUCACCUCCCAGCACAAAACUCCAGCAUGGCUGACACCUGCUGCUCCCGGACCUGCCUUAUUGCCGCCUCCACCCUGUCCGUCUGCUCCAGCGACCUGAGCUGUGGCGGCCGCCUCUGCUCGCCCAGCGCUUGCACCAGCUCCUCCUGGCAGGUGGACGAUUGCCAGGAGACCUGCUGCGAGCCCCCCUGCUGCGCCCCCGCCUCCUGCCUGACCCUCCUCUGCACCCCUGCGAGCUGCGGGUCCAGCCCCUGCCCACCGGCCUGCCCCGGCUCCUGCCAGCCCUCGUGCGGCAGCUGCUCCCCCUGCCAGGAGGGCUGCGGUGUGUCUGUCUGCUGCAAGCCCGUGUGCUGCACCCCCGUCUGCUGCAAGCCCCUGUGCUGUGAGUCCUCCCCCUGCUGCCAGCAGUCUAGCUGCCAGCCCUCCUGCUGCAACUCCUCCCCCUGCCAGGAGGGCUGUUGUGUGUCUGUCUGCUGCAAGCCCGUGUGCUGCACCCCCGUCUGCUGCAAGCCCCUGUGCUGUGAGUCCUCCCCCUGCUGCCAGCAGUCUAGCUGCCAGCCCUCCUGCUGCAACUCCUCCCCCUGCCAGGAGGGCUGUUGUGUGUCUGUCUGCUGCAAGCCCGUGUGCUGCACCCCUGUCUGCUGCAAGCCCUUGUGCUGUGAGGCCUCCCCAUGCUGCCAGCAGUCUAGCUGCCAGCCCUCCUGCGGCAGCUGCUCCCCCUGCCAGGAGGGCUGCUGUAUGUCUGUCUGCUGCAAGCCCGUGUGCUGCACCCCCGUCUGCUGCAAGCCCGUCUGCUGCACCCCAGUCUGCUGCAAGCCCCUGUGCUGUGAGUCCUCCCUCUGCUGCCAGCAGUCUAGCUGCCAGCCCUCUUGCUGCAGCUCCUCCCCCUGCCAGGAAGACAGCUGUGUGUCUGUCUGCUGCAAGCCCAUGUGCUGCACCCCUGUCUGCUGCAAGCCUGUGUGCUGCAAGCCUGUGUGCUGUACCCCUGUCUGCAGCAAGCCUGUCUGCUGCCAGGCCUCCCCCUGCUGCCAGCCCAGCCCCUGCAGACCCUCCUCCUGCGUGUCCCUCCUCUGCCGCCCCGUGUGCAGGCCCGCCUGCUGCGUCCCCCUCUCCCCCUGCCAGCCCAGCUGCUGCCCCCAGGCCUCCAGCGUGUCCCUGCUGUGCCGCCCCAUGUGCUCCCGCUGAUGGGGCACGUGCCCCCAGGGCGCUGGGCACAGGCCCCACCCAGGGACCGUGGGCCUCCCGGCCACCCCUCAGCCCAGCCCUCACCUGUGCUAGGUGGCUGCCCCCACCCACGAUGGGGUCCCCCUGGGUGUCCACUCUCCUGACCUGACCUUCACCUCCUCCCUCCCAAGAACGCGGACCCCGUGGCUCCCCGGGGCUCCUGCUCCCGGGAUGCACCUCCACCUGCCCUGGGUCACCUGCCUUCCCUCCCAGCUCCUCUGCUUGGUCACCUGACCUCGCCCUCCAACCUGUGGGCA